AUGACGCCUCGACACUCAACAGAAAGUCCACCAGACUCAAUCGAAAUGGAGCAUUCAACUGGAAGCGAGGGCACAUACGCCCGCCCGUCGCCCCUCACACGAAGCAACACCAUGAUCAUAGACGAACAAGAUCAACAAGAACUCCAAAGAAUCGCGACAGGCAUUUCGCAGCGCCGCAGACAAAGCUUCGCUACAGUCCCCUCCAGAAUCCCUACUAUCAGUGAAGAAGACCCUGCAUUGGAUCCUACAAACAAAGCUUUCGACCUCUCAAAAUGGCUACCGGCUUUUAUGCAUCAAUUGCAGGAGGCGGGUGUAGGUCCCAAGAGCGCUGGUGUCGCGUUUAAGAAUUUGAGUGUCUAUGGUACUGGAGCAGCAUUGCAGCUUCAGAAAACGGUUGCAGAUAUUAUCCAGGCGCCACUACGCAUUGGAGAGCAUCUCAAGUCUGGGAAGAAAGAGCCAAAGAGGAUUCUUCACAGUUUUGAUGGCCUUCUUCGAGGUGGUGAGACGCUCAUUGUUCUUGGUCGUCCUGGCUCCGGAUGUUCUACGCUGCUCAAGACCAUGACCGGUGAGCUUGAGGGUCUUCAUCUUGGAGAGGAGUCGAUGAUUACCUACAAUGGUAUCACGCAGAAGGAUAUGAUGAAGGAGUUCAAGGGUGAGACUGGUUACAAUCAAGAGGUCGACAAACACUUCCCUCAUCUCACCGUUGGCCAGACCCUCGAGUUCGCUGCUGCAUGCCGUCUCCCUUCCGACCCCGAAAAGCUCGGCCUCGAUGGAACACGCGAGGAGACAGUCAAGAGCGCCACCAAGAUCGUCAUGGCUAUCUGUGGCUUGAGCCAUACAUACAACACCAAGGUCGGCAAUGACUUUAUCCGUGGUGUUUCAGGUGGUGAGCGAAAGCGUGUCAGUAUUGCUGAGAUGAUGCUUGCUCAAUCGCCAAUGGCUGCUUGGGAUAACAGUACACGAGGUUUGGACUCUGCGACUGCUCUCAAAUUCGCCCAAGCCAUUCGACUCGCUUCCGACUACACUGGCUCUGCCAAUGCCCUGGCAAUCUACCAAGCCAGUCAAGCCAUCUACGACCUCUUCGACAAAGCCGUUGUCUUAUACGAAGGUCGACAGAUCUACUUCGGUCCCGCCAGCAAGGCCAAGGACUACUUCGAGAGAAUGGGCUGGGAAUGCCCUGCUCGUCAGACCGCAGGCGACUUCCUUACAUCCGUCACCAACCCUCAAGAGCGAAAGGCAAGACCAGGUAUGGAGAACAAGGUCCCUCGUACCGCUGAGGAGUUUGAACUCUACUGGCAAAACUCACCUGAGUGUAAGAAGCUUCGCGAUGAAAUUGAGGUGUAUCAGCAGGAUUAUCCUUCUGAUAAUCGCCAUGAGGCUAUUGCGCCUUUGCGAGAGCGCAAGGCCCUAGUCCAAGAUAAGCAUGCUCGACCCAAGUCUCCAUACAUCAUCAGCAUAGCAACGCAGAUCCGCCUGACGACCAAGCGAGCCUACCAGCGAAUCUGGAACGAUCUCUCAGCAACUGCAACCCAUGUUGCCAUUGAUGUAAUAAUGGCGCUCAUUAUCGGUUCGGUAUUCUACGGCACUGGCAAUGGAUCUGCUAGCUUCUACUCCAAGGGAGCUGUUCUCUUUAUGGGUAUUCUCAUGAAUGCACUCGCCGCCAUCUCCGAGAUCAACAGCCUCUACUCCCAACGCCCCAUUGUCGAGAAACAUGCCUCGUACGCCUUCUACCACCCUGCUUCUGAAGCCAUUUCUGGUAUCGUUGCCGAUAUACCCAUCAAAUUCGUCUCGGCUACUGUCUUCAACAUCAUUCUCUACUUCUUGGCUGAUCUUCGUCGUGAGCCUGGUAACUUCUUCCUGUUCUUCCUCAUCACGUACAUCUCGACCUUUGUUAUGUCUGCCAUCUUCAGAACGAUGGCUGCUGUUACCAAGACGGUUUCUCAAGCUAUGAUGUUGGCUGGAAUUAUGGUCUUGGCUCUUGUUAUCUAUACUGGUUUCAUGAUUCGUGUCCCGCAGAUGGUCGAUUGGUUUGGUUGGAUCAGAUGGAUCAAUCCCAUCUUCUACGCCUUCGAGAUCCUCGUCGCCAACGAGUUCCACGGUCGCGAGUUUGACUGUUCACAGUUCAUCCCUUCUUAUCCUGGACUCACCGGCGAUACAUUUAUCUGCUCAGCCGUCGGAUCUGUAGCGGGACAACGAACAGUCAGUGGUGAUGCCUUCAUCGAAACCAACUACCAAUACUCGUAUUCCCACGUCUGGCGCAACUUCGGUAUCCUCAUGGCCUUCCUUGUCGUCUUCAUGCUUAUCUACUUCACCGCCACUGAGCUCAACUCCAAGACCGCUAGCAAGGCCGAGGUCCUCGUCUUUCAGCGUGGUCAUGUUCCUGCUCACCUUCAGGAAGGUGUUGACAGGAGUGUGACUAAUGAGCAGCUCGCUGUGCCUGAGAAGACCAAUGAGGGUCAGGACUCUACUGCCGGACUCGAGCCACAGACGGACAUCUUCACUUGGAAGGAUGUUGUCUAUGACAUUGAGAUCAAGGGUGAGCCGAGGCGUCUUUUGGAUCAUGUCACUGGUUGGGUCAAGCCUGGUACUCUCACGGCUCUGAUGGGUGUUAGUGGUGCUGGAAAGACAACUCUUCUUGAUGUUUUGGCUCAGCGAACUACCAUGGGUGUCAUCACGGGAGACAUGCUUGUCAAUGGAAGACCUCUUGAUGCCAGCUUCCAACGCAAGACAGGAUACGUCCAGCAGCAAGAUCUCCAUCUCGAAACUUCCACAGUCCGCGAGAGUCUCCGCUUCAGCGCCAUGCUUCGUCAACCAUCAACCGUGAGCGACGAGGAGAAGAACGAAUGGGUUGAGAAGGUCAUCGAUAUGCUUAACAUGCGUGACUUUGCCAGCGCUGUCGUCGGUGUCCCUGGAGAAGGUCUCAACGUCGAGCAACGCAAGCUUCUCACUAUUGGCGUCGAACUCGCUGCCAAGCCAAAGUUGUUGCUUUUCCUCGAUGAACCUACCAGCGGUUUGGACUCUCAGAGCUCUUGGGCUAUCGUUGCCUUCCUUCGCAAGCUUGCCGACGCAGGACAAGCUAUCCUCUGCACCGUCCAUCAGCCCAGUGCCAUUCUAUUCCAAGAGUUUGAUCGGCUUCUCUUCCUUGCUCGUGGUGGCAAGACCGUUUACUUUGGAGACAUUGGCCAAAACUCCCGUACUCUUCUUGACUACUUUGAGAAGGAGGGUGCUCGAGCCUGUGGCGAUGAUGAGAAUCCAGCUGAAUGGAUGCUCGAGAUCGUCAACAACGCUACUAGCUCUCAAGGUGAAGACUGGCACACUGUUUGGCAACGCAGCCAAGAGCGUGUCGCUGUCGAAGCCGAAGUCGGGAGGAUUGCAUCUGAAAUGUCAUCGAAGAACCCCCAAGACGAUUCUGCCAGCCAAUCCGAGUUUGCCAUGCCGUUCAGCGCACAGCUUCGAGAGGUCACCAUGCGAGUCUUCCAGCAGUACUGGAGAAUGCCCACGUAUAUCAUGUCGAAGCUUAUCCUUGGUAUGGUCUCGGCUCUCUUUGUCGGCUUCUCUUUCUACAAGCCUGAUAACACUAUUGCUGGCAUGCAGAAUGUCAUCUUCUCCGUCUUCAUGAUCAUCACCGUCUUCUCUACUCUUGUUCAACAGAUCCAACCGCAUUUCAUCACCCAGCGUGACCUGUACGAAGUUCGAGAACGGCCCAGCAAGGCAUACUCUUGGAAGGCUUUCAUCAUCGCCAACGUCAUCGUCGAAAUCCCCUGGCAGGCUCUUACAGGCAUUAUCAUGUAUGCCUGCUUCUACUAUCCUGUCGUGGGCGUUCAGAGCUCAGCCCGCCAAGGACUUGUCCUUCUCUUCAUGAUCCAGCUCAUGCUCUACGCCAGCUCCUUUGCCCAGAUGACCAUCGCUGCUCUUCCAGAUGCUCUCACUGCGUCGUCAAUUGUGACUCUCUUGGUUCUCAUGAGCUUGACCUUCUGUGGUGUUUUGCAGCCUCCCGAUGCUCUUCCAGGUUUCUGGAUAUUCAUGUAUCGCGUUAGCCCUUUUACCUACUGGGUGGGCGGCAUUGUAUCUACCGAACUGGGUGGACGUGCGGUCGAAUGUUCACGAUCCGAGGUCUCUAUCUUCAACCCUCCAUCUGGUCAGACUUGUGGUGAUUACAUGGCGGAUUAUCUGAAGCAGGCGCCCGGUCAGCUACAGAACCCUGAUGCGACAGAGCAGUGCCAGUACUGUUCUUUGUCGAACGCCGAUCAGUUUAUGGCUGGAAACCGGAUUUACUACACCGAGAGAUGGCGCAACUUUGGCAUUGUUUGGGCUUACAUUGGCUUCAACAUUUUCAUUGCUGUUGCAUCUUAUUAUAUGUUCCGCGUCAAGAAGUGGAACCUUGGAAAGAAGAAGAAGGCGUAG